AUGUGUAUCAAAUUUAAGUUUGAAUUUAGACCUGUAAUAAGAUAGUCUGCUAAUAAUCGAUCUGAUUUUACUUUGCCAAAAUGUGAAGACAAUAGUGAAGAAGCUUCCUUUGAACCUAAUAUUAGUUCUGAUUAAAAAUUAGAGUAAAGUGUCAUUGAGAUAAAUAAUCAAAAAAAAGAAACUAAAAUCCCUAUAGAUUUAGAGAGCAGCCAAGAUUAAUUUAUAAAGAAAAGCAAUAAGAAGUGGGUAAUAUAGGGACUCAGUAUAAUGUUCUACUUAACUAAAUUUGUGAAAUAAAUGAAAAAUCAUUCAACUUAAGUAAAAUUUAAAUCUUUAAAUGUUAACAUUCUGUAAUUGAUUUCAGAUGGUGCAAGUGAUUCAGAUGUUUUAUUGCAAAAAAAUCUGAAUAAAAUUUCAAUUCUAAUUUAAUGUUUUAAAGGAAUAAUAAGUCAUAUUCCUAUAAUUGAUCCUGAUUCAAAUUUUAAAGUGAUAUGGGAUAUAUUUCUAUUGAUCUAAAUAAUCUUGAAUAUUUUUUAUAUCCCUAUGAAAUUAGGAUUUGGAUUUACAAAUGAAGGAAUAAUGUAUUAAUUAUUUUUUGAAUCCUUACCUUCUUGGACAUUCAUUAUAGAUAUAAUCAUAAAAUUCUUUACUGCUUAUUAUAGUAAAGGAUAGAUUCACAAAAACCAUAAGGAUAUAUUUAGAAAUUAUGCAAGAUAUGAAUUAAGGUGGGAUUUAUUAAUUGCAAUUCCAUUUAUUUUAUCAUCCUUUAAAAUACCUUAUACAGAAUAUAUUUUAAUGUUGAGAAUAACAAAAGUAAAGAAAUUGAUUGAUUAAAUAGAAGAAGCAAUUAAUCCUUCAAUAACAAUGUAAACAGUUAUGGAAUUAUUUAAAUCAGUUUUUUUAUUAUUAUUUGUAUCUCAUUGUUGUGCUUGUUUAUGGAAUUUAAUAGGAUAGAUACAAUUAGAUGCAGGAAAAUAUUCUUGGUUGGAUUCAAAGAGUAUAGUUGAUGCAUAAUGGGAUUCUAGAUACAUCCAUUCACUAUACUUUAGUACAAUAACAACAUUAACAGUAGGAUAUGGAGACAUAGUUCCAUAAACUGAUCUUGAGAGAAUAUUUGUAAUAUUAAUGGCAAUGGUGAUUUGUGGAUUAUUUGGAUAUACAAUAUCUAGUAUUGGUAAUAUAUUAAGAUAAUUAACAGAGAAGGAGUAAAUUUAUAAAUAAAAGAUGAUGUAAUUAAACAAUUAUGUAAAGAAAAGAUAAUUAAGUAAGUAAUUAAUUUUGUCAGUAAGAAAGUAUUUUGAAUAUUAUUUGAUAAUGCAAGAUGAGAAUACAGAAUAUGGAGAGAAUAUGAUGAAUGCAUUAAAUAAAAGAUUAAAAGAAUAAGUUGCUAUUGAUUUAUAUCUUAAUAUUUUAAUGAGUUCAAGACUUAUUAAAAAAACAUUAUCAGAGAAAAGUGUUAAAAAAUUAUGUUCUUAUGUUAGAGAGAUAAGAUUUGCUCCUGAAGAAAUUGUUGAAGCACAGAAUGAAUUGGCUAAUAAACUCUUUUUUUUAUAAAAAGGUUAAAUUAAUUUGAUUUGUGGUAAAGCUAAUAGAGAAACUUAAUUAGCAAUUAUUGAUUCUGGUAAAUUUAUUGGAGAAAAAGAAUUUAUUAUGUAGACUAAAUAUGAUUAUUCUAUAAGAACAACUAAGUUUUGUUAAAUUGCUUAUAUUGAAUAUGAUGACUUUUUUAAGAUAAUAAAAGAAGAUCCUAUUGAAGAAGAAAAUUAUUAAAUGCUUAAGGAUGAGAUGUAAUUUAAUGAAGAGAAAUAAAAUUAUGGAGAAGUUUGUUAUAUCUGUAGAUGGACUCAUUAAUUUAUGAAAUGUCCAUUUGUAUUUUAUAAUGCUAAUGUUGGAAAAUUAAGAAAAUAGUUCAUUAUUAGUGAAGAUAAUCAAAGAUGUAAAUAUAAGAGGAUAAUUACUGAGAAAAUUAGAUUUAACUUAUAACAAAUACAAGAAACAGUUCUUUAAUAAAUUGUUGAUAAAAAUUUCAUAUGUCUAGAAGACUUAACUGAUCAUUAUUUAGAUUCAUUAGGUUAUAUAAAAUAUAAUCAUCAUAUGAUCUAAACAUUGUUAAGUAUGAAAAGCAAUACACUAAAAUCAAUUAAUUAUGAACCAGAUAAUGAUGAACACUUAGGUGUUAAGAAUUUAACUAAGUGUUCUAAUAUUGAUUAGAAAUUUUAGUUUCUUUAAGAUUCAGAUCAUAAAGAAACUAUUAAAUAAGCUUCUAAAUUUCAACGUAUUAGAGCCAAUAGAAGAACUAUGAUUUAAUUACAAUAGAUAUAAACAAAUCGUGCAAAUAGUGUUUCAUAAAUGUCUUAAGAUUUAUCUAAUUAUUGUUAAGCUUCAUAAUAAAAUUCCUAAUCUUCAAGCUCAUUUACAUGUUAACCAUAAUAAAUAUUUUAACCACCUCAAGAAGUAUAAAUCCAUCAUGCUAAUAUUCCAAAAAAAAUAAUCAAAGGUAAUUCUUCUACAUUUUAAAAUCUUGAUUAAAAAAUGCCAUAAAUGUUAUAAUCUUAAUAAAAAUAAUCACGAUCAGAUUUAAAAUAAUAUUCAAUUUCUGUUAUUUAACAAUCUAGUAAUAGUAAAUUAGAAGAAACAAAUUAUGAUAUUAGAUAAAGAAUAGAUUUUAAUAUAGAUUCAUACUUUAAUACUUAAAAUUAUUUUCCUUAAUUCAAUUUAGAUGCAGUUUUAAUGAAGGUUAAGAAACCUAAAAAGAGUUCAAGACAUGCUGCUCAUCUUUUGAGUGUCAUUGAAAAAUCAAAAUAAAGACAAUAAUACUCCAGAUAUUGA